AUGGCGGUGCGGCGGGGACCGGAACCGGGGCUGGGUCCGGGACCGGGGCUGGCGCUGCCGUUCCUGCUGCUGCUGGCGGCCACGGCGGGGCGAGCGGGGGACGCGCGGCAGGAGGAGGCGGUGCGGGCGCUGGCGCGGCGCCUGCUCGGCCCUCGGGCCGCCGCCGUGUCGCUCUCGGUGGACCCGGCGCUGGCGGCUGGCGGGCCUGACAUCUACCGGCUGUGGUCGCCUCCCGGCACCGGGGUGGCCGUCGCCGUAGAGGGCUCCAGCGGCGUGGCGGCGGCCGCCGGUCUCUAUCGCUACCUGCGAGAUUUCUGCGGCUGCCACCUGUCGUGGUCCGGGGCGCAGCUCCGCCUGCCGGAGCCGCUGCCGCGGCUGCGGGCCGAGAUCCGCGCCGCCGCCCCCGGCAGGUACCGGUACUACCAGAACGUCUGCGCCCAGAGCUACUCCUUCGCCUGGUGGGACUGGGCGCGAUGGGAGCGGGAGAUCGACUGGAUGGCGCUGAGCGGCAUCAACCUGGCACCGGCUUUCGCGGGGCAGGAGGCGGUCUGGCAGCGGGUUUACCGUAACCUGGGGCUGAACCAGUCGGAGAUCGACAAAUACUUCACGGGCCCCGCGUUCCUGGCCUGGAACAGGAUGGGCAACCUCCGCCGCUGGGCCGGGCCGCUGCCGCCCGCCUGGCACUUCAAACAGCUCUACCUGCAGUACCGCAUCGUGGAGCGGAUGCGCUCGCUGGGGAUGACCACGGUGCUGCCGGCCUUCGCGGGCCAUGUGCCGCAGGGGAUCCUCCGGGUCUUCCCCCGUGUGAAUGCCACUCGCCUGGGGCACUGGAGCCACUUUGACUGCAGCUACUCGUGCACCUACCUGCUGGACCCAGAGGACCCCAUGUUCCAGGUGAUCGGGACGCUCUUCCUGAAGGAGCUGAUCAAGGAGUUUGGCACAGACCACGUCUAUAGUGCAGAUACCUUCAACGAGAUGACCCCCCUCUCCUCCGACCCUGCCUAUCUCUCCAGAGUCAGCAAUGCUGUUUUCAGGUCAAUGACAGGAGCUGACCCCAAGGCGCUGUGGCUGAUGCAGGGCUGGCUCUUCCAGCACCAGCCUGACUUCUGGCAGCCAGCACAGGUGCGGGCCCUGCUGCACGGAGUGCCCCUUGGCAGGAUGAUUGUUCUCGACCUCUUUGCUGAGUCCAAGCCCGUCUACCAGUGGACAGAGUCCUUCUAUGGCCAGCCCUUCAUCUGGUGCAUGUUGCACAACUUCGGGGGCAACCACGGCCUCUUUGGCACGGUGGAGGCCAUCAACCACGGCCCCUUCGCAGCUCGGCGCUUCCCCAACUCCACCAUGGUGGGCACGGGUCUGGUUCCCGAGGGCAUCGAGCAGAACGACAUGGUGUACGAGCUGAUGAACGAGCUGGGCUGGCGGCAGGAGCCCCUGGACCUGCCCAGCUGGGUGACGCGCUACGCCAAGCGCCGCUACGGCGCCCCAAACGCCGCCGCGGCCGGCGCCUGGCGCCUGCUCCUCCGCAGCGUCUACAACUGCACCGGCGUCUGCGUCAACCACAACCGCAGCCCCUUGGUGCGCCGGCCCUCGCUGCGCAUGGACACCGAGCUCUGGUACAACGCCAGCGACGUCUACGAGGCCUGGCGCCUGCUGCUGAGCGCCGGUGCCCAGCUGGGCUCCAGCCCCACCUUCCUCUACGACCUGGUGGAUGUGACCCGGCAGGCGGCGCAGCAGCUGGUCAGCGAUUACUACCUGAGCAUCCGCCAGGCCUUCCAGAGCCACGCGCUGCCCGAGCUGCUGACGGCCGGCGGCGUGCUGGUGUACGACCUGCUGCCGGAGCUGGACAGCCUCCUGUGCAGCCACAGCCUCUUCCUGCUCGGCCGCUGGCUGGAGAGCGCCCGUGGUGCGGCCACCAGCACCCGGGAGGCUGAGCAGUACGAGCUGAAUGCCCGGAACCAGGUGACGCUCUGGGGGCCCAGCGGGAAUAUUCUGGAUUAUGCCAACAAGCAGCUGGGGGGGCUGGUGCUGGACUACUAUGCUGUGCGCUGGAGCCUCUUUGUCUCUGUGCUGGUGGAGAGCCUCAACUCGGGCCGCCCCUUCCACCAGGACCAGUUCAACCAGGCUGUCUUCCAAGUGGAGAGAGGCUUCAUCUACAACAAGAAGCGUUACCCAGCUGUGCCAGUUGGGGACACGAUGGAGAUCUCCAGGAAGCUGUUUCUCAAAUACUACCCCAGCGCCCUGCAGCGCAGCUUGGCUGGGCCUGCCUGACUUUGGGUUCUGCCUCCAGAGCCUCCCCCAGAGGCUCUGUGCUCAGCUCUGCCCAGCUGCCCUGAGCCUGUUCCCAGGAAACCUGGGCUGCCCCAGUGCAGCUGGAAGCUUGGUGGGACACUGCAGAGGGACAGGACAAAUGUGUCCCUGCUGUGGGGCCUUGGCUGGCUAGCAGGGACAGUGAUGGGUGAGAAGCAGAUGGGGAGGUGGCAGUGGGCAGGGGGACAGAGCAGUGUUGGACUCCAGUGCCUGUGGGGACAUGGCAUUGCAUGUCCCUGCCCACAUUUGGUGCCUUUUGUAUCAUAAAAGACUUUGCAGCAUUGUUGCCUGCAGUGUUGCUGGACCUGCACUCCCCAGGACAGAGUUUUUGAGGCCUUUUCCACAGCUGGGGCUUGGGCAGAGCCUAGCUUUGGAUGGAGCAAAUACAGACUCUUUUCUCCCA